AUGUCGUGGCCGCAUUUACAAACAUACAAAUGCGCUCUGUACUACGGUACGCGCCGUACUUCCUCGUCUAGUUUUAGUCUAGCGGCAAGUUACCCUUGUUCCGCACCCUUACCGAGCAUCUCCUGCGGCGUCUGGAACGUGAGAAGAUUAAUCUGGAACACCCGUUACGCAUCCCUCUUCGGCAACAGGACUGCUUCACGAAGGAGGAGAUGUGGUCCCACUUUCGCUUUGAACGAUGGUCUUAACCAUAGCCGGGCCCGAGAGGUCACUGCCGCCUAUUGCUUCCUUAGGAGCAUGGCGGUGUUAAGCCCGGCACACUGCCACCGUGGUUUCCGGGCAGUCCUCGCGUUACGACACCUGGGCAUUUCUUCGUUAUCCGGGUUCUUCUGCUCCGAGCCAGGAAUCGAUACAUCAUUGUACUUGAACCCGCAACAUGGUCUGGAGAUUGGCUCUAGAGAGCCCCAUUUGCAGUGGCCUUAUGACUCUUUGGUGUGCAAGUUAAGAUUACCUGAUGGUAAGCAAUCAGCGCCGCCCAUGGACAGCCGCAACAACAGAGGAGUUAUGAGUGCGUUGCCGGCCUUUAGGGGAUUUGGGAUAUUUAGGGAUUGGGCCUCCGACAAUUUUCACCUACGUGAUAUUCACUAUACGGGGGAGAUUGGUCACAAGCCGCUGAAGUAUAAGCCUCUAUCGACAAAAGAUCAAAUAGCAAGUGAAAAGGCAGCUGAUGUGGUAGACUUCAUACAGCUUGUACCAAAAAUUGAUCCAUUGAAACGAGCCAUUCUACCUCCAGUGGGCAUUGACAUCCCGCUUUUCUUUUUGAAGUACCUAUGUUUCAAAGGUAAAGUUUAUAUGAAGAGGGUCAUAAUGAGCGGAUUGAAGCAACUAGAGUUGCGCCACUUAGAGAUGCGUAUGAUCAAUCUCCGGACGGAUGUAAACAUUAAUUUUCCCUUAAUUUCCAUAGCAGGCGACUUCUACCUGCAGGCCUAUAUAUCUUUUGUACCUUUAUUUCUCAAAUGUCAUUUAAGGCUUCUCAUGCUGUGGGGGCGAGCUUAUGAGGCAACGAGGCCUAGAGCAGGAGAAAGAUCGGAGUGGUUUUUAUUCAGCAAGAUUCACUCCCUCCUCGGAGAAUGGUGCAAGACAAUUGAUACGAAAAUGAAGGGAUUCCUAAUUCUACUCUCCAUCGCUUAUUCGGCUCAAGCAUGGCACGAGGUGGUUGGGCCUCUCCAUAUUGCAACAAGAACAGGUGUUGUACCACAGAAGUCCGCCCCAUUGUCUGCUGAAGACAAGCAUGCGACGCACAAGGCUGGGGCCUUCGUAUCCUUCGUAAAGAGUGUGCCUCAAAUGAAUCCCUUCAAAUUUGCCAGUUUGGGACCCUACCCUGUAACACUCCCUGAAGUCAAAUUCGAUGGCAAACUGCAACUGACUAACAUUGUAGUGCAAGGAAUUAAAGACAUAUCCGUGUCUGGUCUAGAAGUACGCAUGAAUCCUCCUAGGGUUGAUUUCAAUGCAUCUCUUCCUCACAUUUCUGCUGCCGCUCACUUUACAGUCAACGGAGUUUUAGAAGGCAAACCCUUGAAUGUUAAAGGUCAACUGACUGCGAACCUGGAGAAAAUACUCGCCGUAGUCGCAGCUGGACCAACAGUAGCUCAACAUGGCAACACUAAAGUGUACGAAGUAAACAGCGCCGAUGCAGUUAUAGAUUUAUCCAAACUUGAUGUUGUAUUGAAUAUGGAUCAACAUGCUGAAAAGUUCAGAACCAUUGCACUGGAGUUUGUGAACAAUUUAAGCAAGUAUUCGUUGAUCGUGGACGACGUCCUACGCGCCGUCCUGAAGGCCAUCAGUCAUGAGCUCAAGCAGCUCACUGUCAACGAGAUAAACAAUUACCUGCUGGGUUCCGCCAAGCCAUCCUUACCUUUCUAG